AUGCUGCACAUGGCCGCGGAUCACAGCGUCAGUGCUAUGCAACAUGGCUGCUCUACCAGUGGGCUCCAAGCGAGCAAGAAUGUGCUAGGGCGUCCGGCUCGCACCCUGACGCAGGUCCUGUGCCGCACGCUGAGCCAGAAGGACCGGCGAUUGGCUGCUGAUCCGCUUGACAGGGAUGCGACUGCGGACAACCCUGCUGAGCUGUCCACCCAGACGUGUGCCCCAGGGGUGCUGCGGGUGUUUGGUGAUGCCGUCUGCACUGGUACCCACUACAAGAGUGUGCUGGCCACACCCUCCUCCAGUGCUCGUGAGCUCGUCAAGGAGGCACUUUUGCGGUAUGCCCUGGGCGGCAUGCCGGCUGGGGACUACGUGCUCUGCGAUGUGGUUGGGGAGCUGGAGGGACUGACUGGGUGCUGGCGGCCAGAGGGGUUGCGGGUUCUAGGGGACGACGAGAAACCUCUGCUGCUGCAGGACCUCUGGAGGCCCAAAGAAGGCUUUUCCAGGCGCUUGGAGCUGCGCAGGAGGGCUGAGGUGGAAGACCUGAUCGCCAGGGAGAAGGACACCUUCACGGCAGGGAUCAAUGCCCAAGCCCGGAGGCUGCAACGGAACCGAGCCAAGGGGACCACACCAUCAAGUUGGGGCUCUGCACUCGGUCGCAGCCAGAGUGAGACCAGCCUAGAGACGGCAGCGGGCGGCAGUGCAGGGGGAGAGCUGAAGAGGACCUACCUGACCUUGCCAGGGCCCCAGAAGACUCGGCAGAAGCAGGACAAUGGAGAAGUGCGACUUUCCCUGUACCAGUGCCCACAUCUCUUGCUCCUUCAGGGUUACAGCCAACAGGAUUGCCUGGUGCACCUCCUGAACCUGGACCAGCACACCGUGGGUCAGGAGACAGCCUCUGCAAGGCCCAGCAUCUGUCUGAUAUCCCCAGACAUCCUUCCCCUGCACUGCACCAUCCGCAGGGUCCAGCCAGGCUGUUGUCAGGGCAAUGGACCUGAGGGAGGGCUUGUGCUGGAGCCGGUGCCAGAUGCAGCCAUCCUGGUCAACUUCUCCUUCGUGGACCGGCCCACCCCCUUGCGGCACGGGGACCUGCUCUCCUUUGGUGCCCACUAUGUCUUCCUCUAUAAAAACCCUGUGGGCACCGAACCUUUGCCUGCCCAGACACUGACGAACCUGCGGACCCUCUGGCUGGUGCCUGAGAGGGAGAGGGGGGCACGUCGGGCCUGUCGGGUAUGCGGGGGUCCCACCCAAGCCCUACCCACAACCCGUCGAGGUUUCAAGUGUAAUUCAGGCCGGGGCCAGGACUUCCAGCGGCGCCGGCUGCACCUGGAUUUCGAGAAGGACCAGGAGGACAGGCUUGUGGAGAGGAUUGUGUCCCUUGCAGAGCCGGGCGGCGACGACCACGGGUUGGCUGCUGCCCACCUCCUGUGCUUGGUCCUCGAACACUGUGGCAUGGCCCUGGAGCCCGGGAACUUCGGAAAGCUGCUGUUCAAGAUUGCUACAAGGAUACGGUGUGCAGCCUGGGAGGAGAUGAAGGAGCUGUCAGGGAAGCAAGCUCAGCACCAGAACCCCGAUUCCCAGCCUCUGUCCAGCAUCCCAGAGCUGGCUUCCUGCCUGCAGUCCCUCCUCUUCUGGAUGUCCAACACAAUGGAGGUCCUCCACUUCCUUCACCAGAGAUGCUCUGUGUACCUGAAGCGUGUGGAGCAGUUGGAGUCUAAUGACAGAGAAACACUGCUGUCGGCUGCGGUACUGGACAAAGAAGAAGGUGUGUCUGUCCUGGAAGAGGUGAUCUUCUACACAUUUCAACAAUCUGUUUACCACAUCACUAAGUCCCUGUAUACUUCUCUGAUGGGAUUGCUGGAUCAAACCCCAGGCCACACAGAGGGGCAGGUGCCAGAGUCAGUGCUCAAGGUUCUGAAGGUGUUCCAGACCACUCAGAGCCUCCUGCAGCAGUGCCAAGUGCACCCCGAGGUCCAGUCUCAGAUGUUUGCCUAUCUCUUUUUCUUCUCCAAUGCGUCACUCUUCAACCAGCUGUUGGACAAAGGGCCUGUGCGAGGCUGGUUCUGCACCUCCAGUGGCCUCCAGUUCAAGACCAAUUUGAGAAAAGUUCUAGACUGGACAAGAGGUGCUGGUCUCUCCUGCCCAGCUGGCAGGUUCUUGGCCAAGCUCCGCUGUGCUGUCAGCAUCCUUGCCACACCUAUCCAGCAGCUCACGCAGAUGAGCUGGAAGGCACUGCGUGCAAAGUACCCUGCUCUCAAACCUGCACAGCUCCACUACAUUGUGACGCAAUGCCUGCUGGGAGCUGAUAUGGGACCAGGGGCUGUGUGGCAACCCACCACUGAUGAGGAGGUGCACAACUACAGGACAGCUGACCUGCUGGAGAGUUUUGAAGACCAUCCACCUAUCGUGCUGCCCACCAGCGGGUUCCAGGUUGACCUGGAGUCUGACACCGUGGACGACAGCAUUUACAGACAGCUUCUAUAUGUGCGCCACUUUGUGUGGAGCCUGAGGAGCAAGUCACCCUCCACCAUGGGCAACACAGAUGGACCAGUGCACCAGUGCAGGUCUCAGUGUUCUUCUACCUCUGGAAAUAUUGGGUGUGAUGCAAGGUACUCUGUGGAUGGGACACCAGGAUCCAAAACGCCCGACGCCACGUGCCUGCCUAUACCACCUACAACCCCCAGCUGUCCAGACACAGAGCCAAGACUUGACACACGUGCUGCAGUCACAGCGAAGCCCAGCAGGGCCAAUGGCCUGAUUGUGAGCGAAAUAGAAGUGGAGCUGGACAAGGGGCCCUUUGGACUAGGUUUGGGCCUCAUUGAUGGGCUGCAAACUCCCCUUCGAUCUCCGGGGAUCUACAUCCGGACCCUCAUUCCAGGUGGCCCAGCAUCAUCUAAUGGGCGUCUCCGUGUUGGGGACAGGAUCCUGGCUGUCAAUGGGACUGAUGUGACUGGAUCCAACUACCAGAGUGCAGUGGACCUGAUCCGAUGGGGAGGUGGGAAACUGAACCUCCUGGUGGAGAAGAAGGACCCUGAGGUAUCUGCAAUGAUCAGAGCCUCGCUGUGCUGA